UCCGGUUCGGCCGCCGUGGGAGGGGGAGCGGGGUAGGGGCUCGGCGUGAAUCCGGAGGAGAAGCCGGAGAGUCUCCAAAGGGGCUUCGAGGUCCCCAGAGCCACGUGCAAGUGCCAUGUUCCUGGCUGAUGGCCCUGGGAUGUUGUCCCCCCUGCCCUUGGCCUCACCGACCCUCCGCGACCACACCCGGUGCCAGCACCCGCCGCCAAAACGCAGUGUCCCCACGUCCCCGCCGGCGUGGGGGGGCCACCGCUGCGGUGACUGUGGCCAGACCUUUGGCACCUGCUCCCGGCUGGCGCGGCGCUGGCGGGCGACCCUUCGCCUGCGCCCACCGCGGCAAACGCUUCUGCCAGCCCUCCGGCCUCGUCACCCACCAACGGGGACACGAGUGGCCCUUGGGGACGCUGCAACAGGCGCCACGUGUCACCGAAUCCGCCGCAGGGAGCUGCAAAGGGCUCUGAAAUAUGGACAUCAGGAAUCCCCUUAACUCUGCCCAUUGCCUUGGGGACUUCAGGGAGCCACCGCCAGCCCUCCGGCCUCGUCACCCACCAACGGGGACACGAGUGGCCCUUGGGGACGCUGAAUCAGGCACCGGGUGUCACCAAAUCUGCCACCAGGAACCCCAAAGGACUCUGAAAUACGGACGUCGGGGAUCCCCUUAACUCUGCCCAUCGUGAUGGGGACCUCACGGAGCCACCGCCAGCGCUCCAGCCUCGUCACACGCACGUGGGGACACAAAUAGCCCUUGGGGACACCCAAAAUGGGUGCUGGGUGUCACUGAAGCCACCCCUGAGCACGCCUCAUGGCCACCAAAAGGCAGAGACUGGAGAAUCCCCUUAACUCUGCCCAUCGCGACGGGGACAUCAGGGAGCCACCGCCAGCGCUUCAGCCUCGUCACCCAGCACCGGGGACAUGAGUCACCUCAGGGACCCCCCGAAUCCAGCUCCAGACACCCCACUCCAGCUCUGGACUCCCCCCAUCUCCCCAAAUUUAACUCUGGACAGCCCCUUGCAGCCUCUGGAGAUCCCUGCCGACCCCUCAACUCUGCCCCUCGGGGCCCCCCGCAGCCCUUGGGGGCCACAGAGGUGAUGCUCCAAAACGGGGCAAAAAACUGCAGAAACGGGGGAAAAACUGGCCGCACCCCCCCAAAAUAUAAUGCCGGGGGUGUCGGGGCAGGGCGGUGCAGAAGGGGUUAACAUCAUCGAGUCGCAGUCCUCCGAGCGGCGCAGAGCGGCCCCGAGCGGUGCCCGAGCGCUUCCGGGGGCGCGGGGGGCGGCGGAGGCUCCGCGGCGGUUAGGCCAUGGAGCAGCCAGAGGAGCCACCGGGCGACUGGGAUGGGGGGACGGUGCCCCGCACCCACGGAGGCACCAUGAGGUCCCCAGAGACGGGCAUCCCCGAGAGCCUGGUGACAUCACCACCGCUGUCCCCGUCACCCGGCCUGGGCUGGCCCUGGGGGCCGCCCCCCGCGUCCCCCCCGGCUACCCAGAAACCCUACAAGUGCACCGAGUGCGGCAAGGCCUUUGGGCAAAGCUCACACCUGAUGCGGCACCUGGGCACCCACACCGGCGAGAAGCCCUACAAGUGCGGCGCCUGCGCCAAGAGCUUCACCCAGAACUCCAACCUCCUGCAGCACCAGCGCACCCACACCGGCGAGAAACCCUACGAGUGCGGGGCCUGCGGCAAACGCUUCGGCUGGAGCUCCAACCUCAGCCAGCACCGCCGCCUCCACAGCGGCCAGAAGCCCUUCCAGUGCGGCCAGUGCGGCAAGUGCUUCGGCGAGAGCGCCCGUCUGCUCGAGCACCAGCGCACCCACACCGGCGAGAAGCCCUACCGCUGCCCCGACUGCCCCAAGACCUUCAGCCGCGGCUCCCACCUCGCUCGCCACCGCCGCCUCCACGCCGCUGAGCCUGGGCCGGCCCUGGCGAUGCGCCGGGGGCUCUGAGGGGCUCCCUGAGGAGAGGGCAGGAGGUGGCGGAGCAGGUGAUGGUGCUUCUGUGGUGGCCAUGGGGACGUGGUUUGACCUGCCGGUGCCUGUGGUCAACAGAAGGGUUCACGGAGGGUCCGUGAUAUGGUCAGUGGCUGCUACAACCCUUCCGUGGGGGCCGCGGGGACGUGGUUUGGCCCCGCUGGCGCCUAUCCUCAAUACAAGGACUUCAGGAAGAGUCACGAUGUGGCUAGUGGUUAUUACAGCUCUUCGGCGAUGGCGGCGUGCCCAUGGGUUGGCCCUAUCAGCACCCAUCGUCAACACAAAGCCUUCGAUUAGCCACGACACGGCCAGCGGCUGCUACAGCCCUUCCGUGGUAGCCACCAGUGUGGCCCACUGGUGCUCACUGUCCGUGUAGACAACUUGGGGAGGAUCCCUGACGUGACCGACGACUACGACCCUUCUGUGGUGGCCACGGGGACGUGGCUUGACUCCAUCAAUGCCCAUUGUUGGCUUGUGGGGAACCCAUGUAGGCAAAAAGCCACGGGACUGGGGACAAAUGUGGACCCAAAGGCUUGGGGAGGACUCAUGAUGUGGCCAGUGGCUACUACAGCCCUUCUGUGGUAGCCAUGGGGAUGUGGCUUGGCCCUUCUGGUGCCCAUCACCAAGGCAAAGACUUGGGAAGGGUCCAUAGCUUGGCCAAUGGCUACUACAGCUCUUCUGUGGUGGCCACAGAGCUGUGGCUUGGCCCCGUAGAUGUAGUUUAGCCCCAGUGGUGCCCUUUGUCAACGCAAAGACUUGGGAAGGGCCCGUGACGUGGCCAACAGGGAUGUGGUUUUGCCCUGCUGAUGCCUCCCAUUGGCUCAUGGGGAAACCAUGUGGGCAAAAAGAGGUGGCACUGGGGCUGACAGUGGUCACAAGGACUUGCGGAGGACCCAUGGCAUGGCCCAAUGGCUACUACAGCUCGUCUGUGGUGGCCACGGGGAUGUAGUUACGUAGUUUGGUCCCACUGGCAGCCGUUGUCAUCACAAAGAUUUGGGGAGGUCCCGUGACGUGGCCAGCGGCUACCACAGCCCUUCCGUGGUGGCCACGAGGACACGGUUGGGUUCCGUUGGCACAUGUCAUCACAGAUUUGAUGAGGUCACACAAUGUGGCCAACGGCUACCACGGCCCUUCUGUGGUGGCCACGUGCCCAUGGCUGGCACCCAUCAUUCAGUAACUUAGAUGUCACGUGGGCAAGCAGUAGGGAGGGAGGGAAUUUUUAGGGAAAAAGAUUGCAAUAAUGGCACUAAAACUGUCCUUAAAACCCACGUGUUGAUUUUCACCACC